AUGAUCCGGGGUAUUGUUCGCAUCCUAGGUGGAUUAAAGGCGUCGUUAUUUUUCCAACAGAAUACUUUUCCUGUUAACAACUUCAGCGGUAAAAUCAAAUUGUCCUUUCACGAGCGUUUCUGUGUCAAGGCGGACUCGGGCGCACUCGAAUAUACCUCCGCAGCCAAAUCACCGCGUAAGCGUCGGUCGCUUUCCGCGCCUGUGGAUUUCAGUCAUCUGGCGCCUCCGCGGAUGACUCCCGAUUUGCCCCCGUUGUUGCGCUUCUUCGACCACACCGGGGCUCAAGUCCGAUGCCAGGCCACCGGUAACCCCAGGCCCACCGUCAAGUGGCUUGUGGCCACCAAUCUUAAUGGAAACGCCAAUAACGCUACCUCUCCGGCUUCCCUGGAGCUUGGAUUUAGCGCAUUCGCGAGAGAGGCACAGAACGUGGACAGUCGAUUGCGUGGAGCAGACGCCGACGACUACGACCUCUACGAUCCUGAGUCGAGGGGUCUCGUGCCAAUCACGGCUCUGGCCCCCCCAGUGAUGUACCCGAACCAAUACGUGGUUGACGACGGUUGGCUCAACUUCACCGCCACCCCUCGCUCCUCCACCCUACGGAUGGUCUUCUUCUGCCAGGCCGAGAACACUCUUGGGAAGUCACGCUCUCGGAAAAUGGUUAUUCAUCAAGUGCCUGUGCCGGAUGAGAACUUACGGAUAAAGUACCACUCAUUCCCCAUAAAGUCGGGUCAAAAAGCAGUGAUCCGGUGUCAACCAGAACAGGAAAUUUUUAAUCGAUUUCUCAAGGUCAAAUACUGGGAAGUUUUUCGCAAUGAAACCCUCAUUGCCACGGUUGCUCAUUCAAAGGAUCGGUACUCGGUGAUUAACGCCACGCGUUACCCAGAGUUGCACAUUCGCGACGUGACUGAGGCCGAUUUGGCGGAGCUGCACGUGCGCUGCGUGCUGCAGUCCAUAGUGGACGAGAGCCGUGAGAUCCGACGCCAGGAGACCGGGCGUCUCCAGCCCUUCGGCAUCUUCUUCCAGUACGAGGAGGUUCGCAGUCAAAGUACCGACGUCGAUGUCCUCGUGGGAUCGACAGUGGAGCUUCCGUGGGCUGUGGAGAGUUACCAGAGCCUACGAGUGCAGUGGUAUUGGUAUCCAGCGUCCAGUCCGCAACAAAAAUUUCACCUAAAUCCCGAAGAUGGCAAAAAAGUGCACAGCCGCCCAUGGGGCUCGAAGUAUGAAUUUGUUCAGGGGGCCUACGGCAAUCUCCGGUUGAUUAACGUUUCCCUUGAAGACGCCGGCCAGUACUCCUGUGAGGCAGCCUAUCCAGCUCGCCUUCCUCCGGUAGUCUAUACGCUCAAAAUUCGAGCUCCGAUCGAAGUUCGGAUUACCCCUCAGGAGCGGGUCUGCGACUUUGGCACGCGAGUGGAGUUGGAGUGUCUGGUGUCGGGUUAUCCACACCAAAUCAUCUACUGGCUCCACAACGCCCAGCCACUCCUGGCCACGUCGGGUCGCCACAGUGUCCAAAGACGCGACGCCACGGCGGCUCAGACAGUGCGCGAGCGACUCGUCAUCAACUCUUUCAGUCUGGAGGACUCCGGGGUGUACCAGUGCGUUGCCGAGAGCAGCCUGUCGGAUUCGGACUCAACGACGACGUCCAAGACUUCUCAAAGCUCAUCAGCAAAAAGCGCAGUCAUGUCCGAAAAUGCCGACGACGGCAGGGUCUCUGUCGGUGACCUCGUGGACAACGCACAGGACACUGCUCACCUCGUCAUGGGCAAAAUGAAGCCAAUGCGGACUGCCCAGUCGCCGGCCGCAGCCGAGCCCUACGCGACCUCGCAGGUGCUCCUCUCCAGGCGGCGUGGCGAGCUGAACGUGACCCUCGAGUGCCGAUUCGCGGCCAAUCCGCUGCCCAGCAUCGACUGGUUCCGCGACGACCUCCCCCUCAGCCCCGACGACAAGGGCGUCGUCACGUCGGUGGUGCAGAAGGACCGCGAUCGCGCCUACUCCGUUCCUCUGUGGGACGAGCUGUGGCAGUACGGCGGUGAGUACCGCGCGGUGGCAAACAACUCCCUGGGCUAUGCCGACUGCCGGACCUUCCUGCUCCUCGAUACGCCUCUGCGCCUUCGGCCGGUGGACUCCAGCAAACCCGCCAUCGCCGGACGCUUCCACGACCUCAAGUGCUACUUCAUCGGCAGCGGCAUUCCAAAGCUUCAGUGGCACCGAAUAAAAGAUGGCCGACGUGUCGAGCGGAUUCCCGUGGAUCAUCGGCACGCCCUGCUGGAGAACGCGCGUGUUCUUAGGAUCACGGAGGUGAACAAGGAGGAGGACGAGGCGGACUACCGCUGCACUGCCAUGCUCGGCGACAUGGCCGACAACAUCACCAUCACUCUCAAGGUCUCGCGCGCGCCACGCAUCCAGGACCUGCCGGAGGUGCAGCGGGUCCAGGGCGGCCGCCAGAGCCUGACGUACAGCUGCGCCACGCAGAACCACGCCGACCGGCCGUGGUACGCUUGGUGGCGCUUUCAGCCCGAGGGGUCCGAGGGCGCCUACGCUGCUGAUUUGCACCAAGCCGACAGGCGAGCCCUCUCGGAAGCCCUUCGCCGGCAGUUGCCGCAGUUUGUCUAUGCAAGGCCCAAUUCUGUAGCCCACGUGCGCAUUGAGCAGCUCAACAAACGGCAACACCAGGGCACGUUGACAUGCAAAAUCAUGAACGAGGUCGGUUUUGACGAACGGCCCAUUCGUGUCACCUUCAUACCUGAGCUCGAAUUUGAAAUCCGCCCGCCAAACAAGCAGGACGUGACUCUGGCGCAGAACAUAUCGAUCAAUUGCACGGCUAGGCCCUCUGAGUUGGCUCCCAUCAUCGUGUGGAAGUACUCCGAUGAAAGCACUGGCGACUUCAAGACAUUGGAGAGUUUGGCGGAACGAACUGAGGGACGCAUCUACCAGGAGGAGAAUGGGACCUUGGUUAUCUCGCGCGUUGAGGAGUCCGAUCCCAGGAAAUUCCUCUGCUUCCUUACACCGAAGGAGUCGACCACUGCGACGCCAAUUAGUGUGGCUGUGAACCUGGAAAUUCAUGCGAACUACGCUGUGCAACUUCCAGAUGCCUUUAUUAUUAUCACCACCACCACCACCACCGCCGCCGCCACCACCACCACUAUCAGUAUUAUCGUCAUCAUCAUCAUCAGCAGCAGCAUUCCUGCGCGAAUAGAGCCCCUCAAAAACGUGGACCAGGUGCGGGGGUCAAAGUUCAACUUGACGUGUGUUGUGCACGGCGACGGGAAUGACCUUCAGGCGAACUGGUACCACCGGGUGUCCAGCGGGCACCCUUGGCGCCUCAUUAACCAGACCUGCGUGCUUCCGGCCAGCUACGGCGACGCGGACAGCCAGGCGCUCAGUUUGACGCCCUCAGACGUGGCCAGCGACCCCUUGGCGUGCCAGAAAUUCGCUGCCGGACGAUUUGACAGCGGUGUAGUUUUCAGACAAGUAGUUAUCGAAAGUUUAUUCCCUGGCGGGACGAGGAAGAAGCUUGUCUCAGACAUCCCAGUCUUCGCGAAGCUAUUGAGAUGCGGCGACUUUCCGGCCAUAAGAGCUGGUGAGAAGAUAACAGGGCGUGAUGCGGACCUAAUUUCACUCCGGUAUGUGCGUGAGCUAUGCAGGGUGUUGGCACAAGUAAAGCGCUUCGAUGAGGACCAGAGGGGUGCGUCGACGGUUCGUCUGGGCUUGCAUAAACGCUUGGGUGUUGGGGUGGGGGAAGACAGGUACGCAGACGUCUGCAUUGCACGUGCACCUCUGCUGACUCUCACUUUCCUCCCCCAGGUGUCUACACUGAAGCAGAGCGGUCGUGGGAUCGAACGUCAGCUGCAGUUCGACUCCCUCAAGGACGUCCACAUGGGCGAUUACAUGUGCAAUGCCUCGAACUUCUACAACCGGGACGAGGAUGGCCGACGUGUUGAUGUGCGAGAAAUCUUGCGUCUCACCGUCAUCUCUAUCCCGGAUCCGGUGACAUUUGUGCAAAACAGCUCCCAGACGACCGCCACCAGUGUCUCCUUUUCCUGGCUACCACCGGCCCACAACGGCAACAAGGAGAUACGCCGCUACUGGAUACGCUACUACCAAGCCGACUCCUCUGCCUCCGAGUUCACGUCAACUCAAAGUAAGCCGAGCAACGUGAUCGAAUUUCGUGCACACGAGCGCCAGGCUACCCUCACCGGACUGCGACCCUACACCAAGUACAAUAUUGCCAUCAAGGCGGAAAACGAAGUUGGAUUCAGCUUGGAGAACUCCUUGGUCCUAACAACUCAGGAAGCAAAGCCGGACGGUCCGGUGCAGCAACUGAACGCGAGCGGAGUCGCCUCGGACACGAUCUACGUGGCCUGGCAAAAGCCCAAACCCGAAUUGCGCAACGGCAACGUCGAUCGGUACUCGGUGUGCCACCAGCGUGUUAACGAGAGCCUCACAGGCAACGGCCAAGAGGACCUGGCGCGUCUCCCCUGGCCCACCGACCUCAUCACCGAGGACGCAAGCGUGGGCAGUGGACUGAGCCAGAUUCACUGCGCGAUAAUGUACCGCCAGCAAGACACCGAGCUGGUCGGACUGCCGAAAUUCACCGCCUAUGCGAUCCGUGUGAUUGCAAUCAACAGCAAAGGCCAAUCGCCACCGGCCUACGCGCUUGCUCGCACUUUGGAAGACUUGCCUCAGGCUCCACCCACGAAUGUGACGUGUUUCACACAGCAGCACAGCAUCACGGUGUCGUGGGAUCCGCCGAAUUUCGAGACGGUGAACGGCAUCCUGACUGAGUACCUCGUCAACUAUUACAUCGCCAACGACUUUGGAGAUGAGACGAAUUCUGUGAUCCAAGUGGUGAAGGGCCAGACAACGGUCACCCUCGCAGGUCUGUUGGCCAACACAAAAUACAUCAUUCAAGUCGCGGCCAGUAACCGGAAGGGUCGGGGUCCUCUCUCGCCAAAGAAGGCCUGUGUCACCACCGAGGCUCCUCCGGAGGCACCAGAAAACAUCAAAGCCUUGCCUGUAAACGAUUCAUGUGUCAUCGUCUCCUGGUCGCAUCCCAUUCGUCCCCAGGGCCUAACUCGACUCUACUGCCUCGCCGCCUACCGACAGGACAACAUGUAUCGAUCUCCCGGUGGUAUUAUGUCUGCUGGCCCACGCUGUAUCAAGCCUGACUUCACAAAACCCUACAACUACUACUUAUUCUGUGAUCUGAAUCCCCACUACCUGUAUAACAUCUCGGUGAUGGCAAAAAACCGUUUCGAUGGACGCAAGGCCUACGUCUCGUCAAUUGCGCCAUCAUCUCAUCCUGCCGUUUCGAUCAUCUCCAUCGGAGGCACCAUAGUUGCUCAGGAAAAGAUGCGUGUUCUUAUGGACUGUCUAGUGGAUGGACAUCCCCCUGUUGCGUGGAUCUCGUCCCCACACGGAAUGCCCAAGGACGUCCAACACCUUGACAACGGGACGUUGAUAAUUGAGGCGGUUGAACCGCGUCACACCGGUCGAUACGUCUGCAGACACCAGGAUGACUCGAUUUCUUACGAACUCAAAGUUCAAGAGCCGCCUAAGCCCCCCGUCUUCCACAAGUUGACCCCGAGCCUGCGCAACAUCCAGGUGGAGUGGCUGUCUCCAGGUUCCCGCCGACUGGACGCGCCAAUCAAGUGGUUCCACCUCAAUUGGACCAAUGAGUACACGGGGCUGAGUGACUCAGUGCGCCUCUCCGCCGAUCGCAGAACCUACUACUUGUCGAAUCUGACGUGUGCCACCUCAGUGCGUUUUCAAAUACGCGCCGAGAAUAAAUUCGGACUGAGCCCCCUCACUGAUCCCAUCUCGACCAGCACCGACGGCUCAGCUCCUCUUUUUAUCGGCGAGACUGACAUGGUGCCCGCAGACCUGCGCUCCCAAACCUCCGUGACCUUCAACUUUUCGGUUUUCGCCCCCGGCCACAACUGUUCCCCCACGGCGUACCGCUUUCGCAUCUGGCCCGCGUCCGAGGGGCCAAACUCGAUCAAUGGCGCGGGCAUCCCUGGGAGCGGUGGCUCUUCGGGGAUCGGUGCUGUCGCACCUCUUCCCCUUCAUUUGAACGCCACACUCACCAAGCGGGAUCUCUUUACGUUAGACAGCAAGUGGACGUGGAAUAGACGUUGCUGCUACAACGUCAGUGGUCUGCUUCCGGGGUCCUAUUACCAGUACCACGUCAUUGCCGAGAACCCCGCUGGGAAGACCCCUCAUUUUGGCUACUUUUGGACUCGUACGGUGGCUGGAGUCCAACCACGCGAGGGCUCGAGCAAUCGCCUGGGCAGAACGAGCUUUCUCAGUCAGCCCACAAUCAUCGUGCCGCUGACUAUUUUCUUUGUCGUCCUCUUCAUGGCCCUUGUGUGCAUCUUCUUCUACUGCCGUCACCGACGCCUUGAGGGGGAGUUGAACCAGCCCACGAAGCCCACGGUCGGCCGGCCGGUCCUCGCCACCGAUGGCCACGCCGCGCGCGCCGCCGGCGAGACCCUGCACCAGAAGUACGCGCCAGGACGCCACCGGGGCACUCUGCCACCCAUACCCGUCAACGAGAAACCCGACUAUCCCCUUGACAAAGGCCCAGGCGGUUUUCUUGGGCGUUGGGGCAGGGGUUCGCGGGUGUACGAUCGCGGCCGAGGCGGACCCGCCGUGCCGUCUCAAGCUCCCGCGGUGCCGAUUGAGCCCGACCGCCUAUCGACCAGCUCCAUGGACAGCACUGGCAACCUGAAUCCCUACGCCACCUACGCGGCGGGAGGCAUUGAGGAGGAUCCGCAGCCAGUCUCAAAGGCCUCCAACACUGUCCAGCCGACGUCGACUCGUGCGGCUCGCGCGAUCACUGCCGCGCGAACUCUUGACUCGCAGCCACGCACUUCGAAUGGCGCACGCCUCUACAAAGCCUUCAAUAAAGGUUUUCCCUUGGAGAGACAGCACUCCUACAUGCACCAGUACCACUACCCAGACCUCGCCAACCCCGAGGUCGAGGGUUUGCUGGAGGCCACGCGACGAGGCGGCGGUCGGUUCAUGCACAUAGGGGACCCGCGCACCAUGCGGGGGGUCAACAGCCGGCGGUUCCAGCACCACGCCCUCCUCGAUCCGCCUCUCCACCAGCCUUAUGUGAAUAACAGCACCAUGGAUGACGAGGACGACGACGACGACGACAUCGAUUUUGUCGGCCACCCACACCAACUGGUUGCUCACCGCAGAACCAACUCAUUCGAGUCACUGCAGCAGCAUAUCUUUAGACACGGUGUCUUUCCAAGCGGCCCUCACUUGUCAACCACAACCUACCACAGAGGUUAUGCCAGAGCCAGAGGGGCUCCCCGUACAACAUCUGGGGGUAAUGGCGUUGGACCGUCGUUCUACGACACACGAAAUUCACAUUUAACUCUGGAUCCCUUGACUGCGGCUUACCGAGGCAGCGUGCUUAGCUCUACUACGGUCUCCUCGAACCAGGACGAGUUGAUGCAGGCCUAUGAGUACGGGAGGAAACACGGUCGAUUUUUGACCGGGGCAAAUGCCCCACAAACUGCUGCCGUGGCUACCGCAGUGGUGCCGUCCUCGACUCUGGAACCUGUCGCCACCUCCUCCGCCCCCGCUGUGAGUGGCGCCGUCGUGGUUGUCACCGAUCCCCACGUUGGCGGAUCGGGCUCUAGCGAAGCCACUGAUCCAGGCAUUUGCCAAUUCACACAGCAGCCACCGCGUCCUGAGGAAAUAGAAAGUCGUCUACCAAAUGGCGCAAUCGAUCCAACGGCAGCUCGAUGCGGAGGUGCCCGCCUGGUUAGUGGGGGUGCUAGAGGAGGUCCCCUCAAUGGGGCUUCAAUAAUGGCGGACGACUCUCUCCCCCCAGCAUUCCUGAAACGCCAGCUCUCCGAGUGUCCCUCGGAGAUGACCGACACCUACGCUUCGGUGGACUACUCUGCCGCAGCUGCUGGCAGCCACUACGCCGCCACGCAGCAGCAGCAGCAGCAGCAAGCCGCUUCGGCCGCUUCCUACCGCAGUAUGGCAAACCCGACAAGAGCCAAACUUCCCACCAUACCUCAGAACCAACAGUUGCUUGCUGCGCGCAUCGAGUAUCCGGACUUAGAAAGCGACUCAGGAAUGUCGGGGCUGACACGUGGACCCACCGAGCCCGGAUUUCACAGGCAGUCCAGCCAACACAGCUACUACUACCCAACCCCCGCGGCAGGCUACUACGGGCAGAAGUCGUCGUCCAGGCAACAAGGGCCCAACACAAUGGUACGACGUCAAGACUCCCUCGGAAGUGGGGUACAGGCGGCAGUUUUUUCUAGGACACAACCUCGUCAAAAUCAACAACAGGACUACCUGCCGCGGACUAGCGUUGUAAAAGUGAAUCCGCGUCAAUUGGCCGGGACUCGAAGCAACGGUGUGAGGACUCUGGCGGCUGAACCUCCCAUUCCUGGCUAUGGCUCCAACCAUAGAACCGUCGUUUUCGAGGCCGUAGAUGGACCUUCAACCUCCACGUCUAAUUAUGGCACCCCGGGACGACCCCAACCUCCACCCUCGCAGCAGACGACAACAGGCCCGGUCGAGCAGGCGGAAGACGAAGAAAACAUCUACACAUCCGAGUUCGUUCUUGUAUGA